CAAAGUUCGUGCUUAUCAAAACAGCCAGAGCAGACGUCAAGAAAAGUGGAAUCGCGAAAGAAGCGUGUUGCGUAUUUUUCCGUCUGAAUUUAUUAAAAACAAAAACUGGUGUGAUUCGUAAUUACUUAGCGAAUAUUGCAGUAGAGUAGUGUUACGGGAGAAUAAAUAAAAAGGAGCUCACAGGUGAUUCGUGCAGCGCGGCCGGGAGCAACGCAACGCGUUUAUGGCAACGUGUUUUGUUCUGUGCUUGCAUAAGUGUGCGUGUGUGUAACAUCAAUGUCAAACAAGAAGACGAUUAUGUUUGCAUUCAACUGACGACGAAAAAUAUCAAUUGAUCCUUAUGUUUGUUGAGUGAGAAAAACACUUUAUUUAUUAUAACUUUCACAUAAAGUAAUUGAGAUGCACGACGAAAGAUUUAUUGUGAAAUACGUUACGGCAAACAACUGUUUUGCGUAUUUACCGGAGCACUGGCUUAGAAAAUUGUCUUCUAAGGCGAAGGCGCUGAGAGUGCAGCACAAUGACGUCAAUUAUUACUUAUCUUGGUACGCGAGGCCAAGUCCUGAUAACUCGAGGCUCUGCCUGAGCGCGACAUUUGCAAGGACUUUAAACAUUAAGGAAGGCGAUGAGGUCUUUGUGUCUUGCGCCGAGGAGCCACCCUCCUUAACGAGCCUCGCCGUGGCUCCCAAGAGCUCGCACGACCAAGAAAUACUGGAUCUGCAGAGUGACGUCGUUCAAGCUAACUUGCUAAACCAGAUAACAAUUGUAGCAAGAGGCCAAACAAUCGUUGCUUGGAUAUCAAAGUUUCUAUCCGUUACACUAAUUGUCACGUCCCUGAAUCCCGAGUUCAAGUAUGGUCGACUAGAAGAAAACACGGAAAUCCACGUCGGCGAUGCAGCAGUCGCAAAGCCAGCACCCUUGCAAAGUUCAUCGAACGAGGCAGACAAGGACAGCGCUGACAGCAUUCUCGGCGACUUGCCGUCCACUCCAGCUGUAAAGUGCACGUACAGGCUGCACCCGCUGCCGACGGGAUCGACACAGCAGGCACCCUUCAAAAUCUACGUUCACCGCUCGCAGCUGCCGGCAGCUUGCACUGAGAACGGAAUGAAGUUUGCCUGGCUGCGAAAGGUAAAGCAAGAUCGCGAAAGCGUCAAGUCUGGUGCAUUGUUCAUCAAAAAGAUAGAGGGUCCCACAGACUUUAUGGUUGAAAUUGCUACUAUGGAAGAUUCAGACGAUUAUUUUGUUCAAUCAAACAAAGCACAUUUUGCAAUCUUCGCUAAACAUCCAUGUAUUUACAUAACGGAGAGUUUGCAAGCAACCCUGCGAAUGAAAAUUGGCGCAAAAGUGGUUUUAACUUUUGUCAAUGAUCUUAACGAUAAUAAUGCCACAUGCACCACACUCGAUAUUUUUCCAAGCGAAACGCCAGUAUCCGAAGAAAUGUUGCGAUCGUACGUGAGUCACAACAGCUCGAUGAAAAAAUUAUUGAUCAACUCAUAUAGUAAAAUUGCCUUCGAAGAUGGAAAUUAUUGUUUCAUCAAAAUGUCACCGGAAAAUUGCAAGUUUGCAUUUUUCGAUGAAGAAAGUUUAGGUUCAGUUGAGAUUAAAGUCAACGAUAUGCCGGCCAUAGAAGAUUUACGAAUGACAGAAGAUGAAUCGGAUGACAUAGAAAUGCGAAUCAGUAGAGAAUCGACAAGCGUACUGCAGCAGUUGAUUACUGAGUGUAUGAAUGUUCUUACACUUAGCCUAGGACUUUACAACAUUAAAAAAUUUGACUAUGAGAGAGAAAACAUUUUAAUUAGUGGUGCAACAGGUUCUGGCAAAACAACAGUUUGUAAGCUGCUUCGUAAAACCCUUAGUGAACCUCCAUUCUUCGUUAAUACUCGCUAUAUUAACUGUCGAUCUUUGAAAGGGAAAAAAGUAGAGCUCGUACAGAAGUUCUUAGCCGUAGAAAUAUCUCAAGUUGUCUACUACCAGCCGUCAAUUAUAUUUUUCGAUGAUAUUGAGAGUAUUACCACUGCGCCUGUGAGUACGGAUGAGAAUACUCCAGAUUCUAUGAACGCUGCCAGAGUUACCGAUGCCAUUUUUAGUGCAAUAAAUAAAUGUCAGUCGACGAAUUCUAUUUCAGUCGUUGCGACGUGUACAGACAUUACCAAAGUAGGUAGGAAAUUAAAAGAAGCUCGAGGGGUUCACUUCUUUAGAACGAUGUUGACGAUACCAAAUUUAGAAAAGGAGGAUAGAAUCAAAAUUCUGAGAUCGAGUCUCCAAGACAAAUUGUACCUUGCGAAGGAGAUUGAUUGGGACUAUUAUGGGAACAAAACGGAGGACUGGGUCGUUCAAGAUCUCGUCGUCUUAGCUGACAAAGCCGCUUUCACCACCUGGAAACGACAUGUAAAAGAGAAAAUAGAAGGUUCUCUACGGCUUUGCGAUGCUGACUUGUCUGAAAGUCUUUCGCGAUAUUUACCACUAUCAUUGCACGGGGUAAGUUUGUACAAAGGUGUCGGUCAUAGCUGGUCAGAUGUGGGCGGACUAGCGAAAGUAAAGGACUCUCUCAUCGAGAUUCUACAUUGGCCGCUAAAAUAUCCAGAAAUCUUUAAAAAGGCGCCGAUAAAAUUGCAAAGUGGCAUUCUAUUGUACGGAAUGCCUGGUACUGGAAAGACCAUGUUAGCAGGUGCUAUUGCCAAGGAGUGUGGCCUAAACUUGAUAAGCAUCAAGGGACCAGAACUUUUAUCCAAAUAUAUUGGAGCUAGUGAAGAAGCUGUGCGAAACGUAUUUGAAAAAGCCAAAAGAGCGAAACCUUGUGUCUUAUUCUUUGAUGAGUUUGACAGCCUUGCGCCAAGGCGAGGCCACGACAGCACUGGCGUGACCGAUCGUGUGGUAAAUCAGUUGCUAACUCACUUGGAUGGAAUUGAAGGAAGGGAGGGAGUCGCGGUUGUCGCCGCCUCUUCACGCCCUGAUCUGCUUGAUCCUGCGCUUUUGAGACCUGGGCGACUCGACAGAUCACUGCUUUGUCCACUGCCAAACGAGAGUGACAGGAAAGAAAUUUUAGAAGCUGUUUGCCGGAUGCAUGGCAUCGACAUGCAAAAUUUAGACUUGACAGCCAUAGCGAAAAUGACGGAUGGGUUUACGGGCGCUGAUUUAAAUGCCGUUGUAAUACAAGCAAGACUUAAUGUAAUUGAAGGAGCUAUAGAUGCUUCUGGCACGGACUAUUUGAAAAAUCAUGAUCCUAAAGAUGUAAAGCAAGAUCAUCUAUUAGAUUCACUCAAAUCCACAAAACCAUCUUUAUUAGCCAGCGAGAAAGCCAAGUAUACAAGAAUAUAUGCCAAGUUUGCAAAAAGUGAUAGCUGUCCUAUUGAAGACAUGAAACAUCAAAAAGCUACAUUGGCUUGAAAUUGGAAGUUUGUAAUCAUUAUAUUACAAGAGUAAAGACUUAGUUUUAUACAUUUGCUUUUUUACACGGUGUUAAUAAAAACUUGC